AUGUUUCAGUUUUUGAGCACCUUUUUGGUGCCUUUGAGGGCAUUACAUUUUGUAACCUUUAUGAGUACAUUGUCAUUAGUGUGAUUGAUUGAAUGAAUUGCAAACUCAAUUUAUUUCCUGGAAAUAACAUUUAAUUUGCAGGCUUGCGUUUGAUUUUUUUUUAUUUCAGGUAAUUUUUUCCUUGCUUUGUUUUUGGGGUAUGGUAAUAUGUGGUGAUGAAUUUGAGGCAAGGGAAAGAACUAAAGAAACUGAAAUAAAAACCAAUAUAUAUACUCUUGUCUUGGCUUGAAAUUAUUUGUGGAAGUCAUUCUUUUGUAUCUCUGACUAUAACAGAUGGAAAACAUGAUCGCUGAAUUAACUGGUUACUUGAGUCAAGGCACAGAACAUCUUUGUACUGGAGCUAUGUUAGUUUGAAUUUUAAUGAGAUAAGGGUUUCUAUUUUCAGAUCAUGAUCACCAAAUUGAUGCAGUCAAUACCACUUCUUCAGCUGUUCCAGGUUGGUGUUUCUACAGUCACACUAAAAAACAUAUUGCGUUUAUUUAAAUAAGCAUGCUGGGGUGGAUUUAAAUGCUGGGACCUUGAGUGGAGACUUAUUGUAAGUUGGUCGGCACCUUUUAAAGGGUUUGUAUACAUCUUGAAAACCUUAGGAAAUCAUUGAAUUCUUAUAGUCCUUUUUAAGGCCUUGAAAGUCCUUGAUAAUCUAUUCCCAGGUCGAAUGGGAAUGAUGAGGAGGAGUGCCAGAGAACAAAAGGAGUAGUUCAUGGAAGGUCAUAACAUAAGGAGACUGAGGAGAAGCUCGGUAAAGGGAAGAAUGCCCUGUGGAGGAUGGUUCAAUAACAUUUUACUCUUUUACUUAAUUUUGGGAAAGCUUGAUCUAGUUCAUUUGGGACCUGUAUAAUAACUUAGGACUUUAAAUUAAAAAAUAUUGUCCUUGAACUUUUAGUCUGAAGAAGUGUAUGAUCCCUGUGUUUACGGCGUAGUUAAGUGAUGGAAUACAGUAUUUUAAAAAUUGUGGCAACUAUAUUCCAAAGUCAUCCAAUAAUAUCUCUGAUGAGACUGAAGUGAAAAGGCCUCAGAGUACAUUCCCUCAUUGAAUAACAUACUUUUAUUAUUCAGUUAUGCCUGAAGCAACACAACAGGUAGUGAUGCUGACUGAAUUGGGAUGACAAAAUACAGUAACUGAAUUCAUGCUUUGUUUGUCACUCAUAUAGUUAGCGUUUUCCAAGAACACUCUCCUCUCAUUAAUAAUUGCAGGCACCCAGGUCAGUGAGACCAGUAUCUGUCCCCUCACUGUUGCAGAAAGCUAUCCUCUUAAAGGGGCUAUGUCACCCCACACGCAUGCGCGAGCCAAUGAAAACAAACUUGAAAAAGUUGGCCAGUCUUUUUCAAGUUCUGUCGGAGAUUUUGGAAGGCUGUUUUUAUCUGUCUAAAUCUCAGCUAUCGUUCGAUAGUUAGCGAAGUUUUGUAUUAAGAAUCGUUCUAUAGUGAUUACAGAAUAAUUUUUUGGCGUUAUUUUGAAAUUGUUUGCCUGUGGAAUGUUUUUACGUGGAUUUACUGUGUCCUCUUAUCAGCGGCCGUUGUAAUGGCAGAGUUAAUGACGGCUACUCCACAAUGAGUGAUGGAAUCUUUGAUGGAAUCUUCCCUAUAGUUCACAGAACCUUUCUACUGAGUUAUUUUAGAGGUUGCUGGCUCUUGGAUUUUUCUUGUGCUCAAAGUAUGUGGACAUAUAAUGAAGCGGCUAUCGAGUUGGCGGCGGCCGUUUUUGGUAAACGAUUACAACAGCAUCAGGACAUGAGUUUCGUGACCAAACUAAACUCCUGGCGAAGGAACCAUUAUAAAAUUCGGCUAGAUUUCUUCUUGUAUUUAUCUGGAUUCACGGCAAAGAUAAACACGACCGUUUGCUCGUCCAGAUUGUUCUUAACGGACUUAGAGAGGCACCUUAGUACGAGUCAGAUCCUGUAAAUGUCAUGUUUUUGAACUGUUUGUGUUCGAGCAUAUUUUUGGAAAAUAGCAGAGUUUACUUUCCCUUUUUAUCAACGGACUGCUUAUAGUGGAGUAGUAUACCAAUGAUGCUUGGUUCUGUUUUUCUCGACGUCGCAGUGAUUCGGCACGAUCGAACAAUGUUGCGCGAUAAUGUAUGUUUCCCUAGGAUCAAAACAAAGACUUGAUGUCUCUUGUUCUAUCAGCAUCUAAAUUAUAAAAUCACUAGCGACAGACAAGUCUAAUUGUUAAUGAUUUGAAACAGUCUCGGUCUUUAUCUUCGGUCUAGCGUCUUUUGUAGCUCGUUUGUAAAAUACAACUUCGAUUUAUUUUGUUGAAUAAGACAAUAUGCUGUUGUUGAAUUUUUGUUUGCGCACUAUUUUAUGAAUGGCAUGCGUUUUUACCCCAAAACUACAAGUAAAAUUGUCGUCAUAAUUAUAUUCUUGAUCUAGCAUAACCAGAGAAGAAACGUUCCGUAAAUUCUAUCGAAAUUUCCCUUAUCUAAACCCAUUUCGCUUGUUAACCUCUCUAAAUUCGGAGCCUUGGACGUGACAGAGAACAUGGAGAAAGUCACGCGUUAAAAACAAUAGAAUUUUGACAGUUGAAAGUAAUUUGCAUAACCUCAGAGCGCACAUGGAGAAAGUCACGCGUUAAAAACAAUAGAAUUUUGACAGUUGGAAGUAAUUUGCAUAACCUCAGAGCGCAUGCUCUCCAGCUGACAUAGCCCCUUUAAGAUGUGCCAUUUGGAUCCAUAUGAUGCCAUUAAGCUGCACAAAUCAAGAGUCUUGUCAUUAGGCACUCAGGAAAUUCUCAUCAACCGCCAAUGUGGCAUCAUGUUACGAGAUCUUUUCAAAAAGUUCAAGAGGGGUGAUCUGGACAUAAAGAAGGUCCCAGAUGUCACUUUUAUUGGUGAAGAAGGCAUUGAUGCCGAGGGCUUGAGCAAGGAGUUCUUCACCUUGGUAAUGAAUGCUUUGACUAGUGGUACUGGGGGCUACAUAAUGUUCGAAGGAGGAAGUGACCACCUGGUGCCAGUCAUCAGUGAAGAGUAUUACCAAAGUGGUUACUUCAGAUUCGUGGGACAGCUUAUUGCCAUGUCCGUGCUCAACAGCGGUAUUGGCAUAGUUGGGUUAUCUAGGGCCCUUACAACAUACAUGGUCACAGAAGAUGUGGAACUGGCAAGCUGCAAUCUCUCAAUCGAUGAUGUCCCUGACUAUUGUGUGCAACAAGCUCUUAUGGAGGUACAUGUACUGUUAGACAAGUAA